AUGGCCGACCCUACAAAGGCAGAGACCGAGCAGGUCUUCAAGGUCCUGCGCGCGCAAAAGGCGAACCUGACGUGCUUCGACUGCCAUGCGCGCAACCCGACGUGGUCGAGCGUCACGUUCGGCGUGUACAUCUGUCUCAACUGCUCGAGCGUGCACCGGAACAUGGGCGUGCACAUCUCCUUCGUCCGAUCGACGAACCUGGACAGCUGGCAGCUGAACCAGCUGCGCACGAUGAAGGUCGGCGGGAACGGGUCCGCGAACGAGUUCUUCAACAAACAUGGCGGCGCGUCGUUGUUGCAAGAUUCAGACACGAAGAAGAAGUACUCGAGCCGCGUCGCGGAGCUGUACAAGGAGGAGCUCGCCAAGCGCGUUCGCGAGGACGCCAUUGCCUACCCGAACGGGAUCUUCGUCGAAGGCAUGGAAGCCCCCAAACCCGCGCCCGAAGCGAAAGCCGACGACGACGACUUCUUCUCCUCAUGGGACAAGCCCGCGACCUCGUCCAAAUCCACGCCCGCCACAUCGCCCAAGCCCGCCGGCCCGCCCAUCAUCGGCCGCAGCGCCUCGGCCGUCCCCGCCGCCCCGCGCACAGUCUCGUCCGCCUCCCUCCGCUCCUCCUCCGCCGGCUCCGCCGCCCGCCCAGCUAAACUCGGCGCAUCGCGGCUCGGCUCGACGUCGACUGCGCCUACUACCACUACAGCGUCGGGGCCGGCGAAGAAGGGCAAGCUCGGUGGUCUUGGAGCGAAGAAGGCCGGGCCGGUGGAUUUCGCCGAGGCCGAGCGCAAGGCGCAGGAAGAGGCCGAGAGGAUCAAGCAGCUCGGCUACGACCGCGAGCGCGAGGCCGCCGAGGAGAAAGCGCGCAAGGACGCCGCGGCGCUCGAGCUCAAGAGCCGCGCGCAGCAGUCCGUCGGCAAAGCGCCCACUACGUCGUCUGCGCCGGUCGCGCCGAAGCCGAACGGGAGCGGGCAGGACAUGGAGAGGCUGGGUAUGGGCAUGAAGCGGCUCGGCUUCGGCGGUGUGCCGUCUGCCUCUGCCGCUGCGCCGUCUAGCAGCCGUUCGCCCGUUGUCGAUGAUGCACCUACGACCGCGCGCGACAGGUUCGGCAAUCAAAAGGCGAUCUCGUCGGACAUGUACUUCCAGCGGGGCGACUACGACGCGCAGACGGUCGCCGAGGGCCAGCAGAGGCUGCAGCAGUUCAAGGGCGCGACGUCGAUCUCCAGCGCGCAGUACUAUGGGCGGGACGAGGAGGAGGAAGCCGCGAUGAGGGGGCAGGACAAUCUGCUGGGCGAUGGGAGCUUGGCGGGGUUGGAGAGCGCUGCGAGGGAUGCGGUCGCGCGGGUCAUGGCGAACCCGGACGUGCAGAAUUUGGGAGAGUCGUUGAGGACUGGGGCGCUCAAGCUCUCGGAUUAUCUCGCGCAAAUGGGCGAGCGCUAG